AUGGCAUAGAUACAAAAUAUUGUCAGUUUUAUAUGUGAUUGCGGCUAAGUAAUGCUAGAUGCUACAAGUAUUAAAUUCCAUUAAAAUAUUUGCUAAAAAGUGAAGGAAAAGUAUUCUGAUAUAUUUAACAUGUUUGAAAGCAUAAUCAGGAAGUACACAUCUAAGCAGGAAAUUCAAAAUAUCAAGUUACUAUUGACUGUAUUUCAAAAUUAGCUUUAGGAAAAUUAUCUUAAAGAAGAAAAAAAGUAUGAUGAAGAUGAUAAUAUAGAAUUUUUUAAUCAGAAACUUCACUUUUCAUAGAUCAGAAAUAAUAAACAGCAGGAAAGUAAAAGUAAUACCGAAGAUUUUGAAGAUGAUUAUGAGGAUGAUAUUGAAAUAAAAAAGUUUUCAAUGAAAGAGGAGAAUUAGAGUUAAAUAAUUUAUAAAAUUUGUGCGAAAUGCUUGAAAUUUACUGAAAAAGAAAAAGACAAUCAUAAAUGGUUAACUAUCCAGUCAACUAAAUGCAAGCAUAUGAUACAUAGAGAAUGCUUAAGAAGCAUCUCAACCCAGAAAUCGAAAUUUAAAAUUAAUGAGCCUUGCUGUCCUACUUGCAAAGUGAAGAUUGAUCAAGAAGAAAUAGAUGAGAUUUUUAGUUCAGAAAAAGAAUAAGAGUUUAUUGAAAUAGAAAAGAAAUUAUAGAGAGAAGAAGAACUAAAAUAACUUAAAGAAUUGCUAUAAGGAUUAGAUAGUAUUGCAAGGUGCAAAUGUGGAAACAUGAUGAUCGUGGAAUAAGGUGAUAUUGAUCUAUUUUAAAAAGAUAUCUUUGGACAACCAAUAUCACAUUGCAAUUAAGAACCUUAUCACAUUGGGAAAACUUGUGAAGAGUUCGAGAAAUUCAAGUUUUCAAGUAAAUGUAGAUACUGUUUUGAGUAGCUGACGUACCCUUCAGUUUCUCCUUUGCCAGCGUUUUAAGAAGUUUGCAGGAAAGAGGAAUGCAAAGAAAUGAUGGAAAAAUCUUGUGAUAAAAUCAACGAAGAUUGUAAGCAUCCCUGCUGUGGAUUUAAAGAUGAAGUUAAUUGUCCUCCUUGCUUGAAGGAAGAUUGUGUGAAGAAAGAUCCAAGCAAAACUCUAGAUUGCACUGGAAAUGAUUACUGUACAAUAUGCUAUGUAGAAUAACUAGACUCAAAAUAAUGCAUAUAGUUAGAGUGCAAACAUAUUUUUCACCUAGAUUGUACAAUCUAGAGGGUAAAGUUGAGAUGGGAAGGAUCAAUCAACGGGAUUAACUUUAAUUAUCUUUAAUGCCCUUCAUGCAAGAAAGAAAUAACUAAAUCUGAUUAUAAAGAAUUACAUGAUUUAAUCACCUUGAGUAGAGAGUAUAGAGAAAAGGUUAAUUAGUUAAUCCAGCAAAGGAUUAAGAUUGAUAAAUUAGAUUAAGAUUCAUUAUUCACAGAACCGCAGAGUAUGUACUAUAAUAAUAUUUAAGCACUUGCAAUUUCAAGAUAUCAGUUUUUCGAAUGCUAUUAAUGCAAAGAUCCUUUCUUUGGUGGAGUUAGGGACUGUGCUGUCCAGGCGAAUUAACUUUAAGCACCGAAUCCAGAAGACAUAAUGUGCAAUUUUUGCACUGCUAUGAAAUUUGGCUUUGGCAAAAAUAUUUGCGAUACGCAUGGUGUAGAAUUUAUAGAGUUCAAAUGUAAAUAUUGUUGCGACCUAUCUUCAUGGUUCUGCUUUGGAACUACUCACUUUUGUAAUCAAUGUCAUGAAAGAGCUGGAAAUAAUGUAGUUAAAGAUUGUAUUGGUGAUUAAAAAUGUCCUUUAAAAGGCAAGCAUCCUGCCAAUGGCUAGGAAUAUGCCCUUGGAUGUGCUAUAUGCCGAUAAGUGUUAUAAGAUUAAGGGAAAUAAGAUCUUUAAGUAAUAUAAAGCUUUUAGGGAAUAGAACCUCAACAGGAAAUAGCAUAAAAUUUAUAAUUAUUUGACGAUUAUUAUUGA